AUGGUUUUGGAAGAAUAUGCACUCGCUCUGGCGAGCUCCCUUGAAAAGGCCAAUCUGGUCCCUGGCUCCGCCGCCAGCCUCAUCCCUCAGGGAUUCAAGCCAACGACCAAGCUCAACAUCACUUACGGCGACCGCCCUCUGGACCUCGGAAACCUCUUCCGCGUCACUGAAGUCGCGACUGCGCCAUCAGUCUCAUUCCCCUCGGAGGAUGGCGCCCCGGACGGCGCCUCAUACCUCUUGCUACUGGUCGACCCAGAUGCACCUACGCCAGAUGACCCCAAGUUUGCCUUCUGGCGACACUGGGUCCUGCCGGGUCUCCAGCCACUGAAGAGUGCAGACGAUAUCGUAGGGCAGACGAAGCGCGCCCUGACGGAGUAUCUUGGCCCGGGACCAAAGGAUGACUCAAAACCCCACCGCUACCUGUUCCUGCUCUUUAGGGAGCCCAAGGGACUUGAUCUGACAAAGGAGGAUGUUGGCGGAGAGGAGUUUGUGCAGAGGAGAUCGUUUGACCCGGCUGCGUUUGUGAGCAAAAAUGGGUUGAAUCUGGUGAGCGUGAAUUGGAUGCUUGGUGCUGGUGAUGGUUGGUCUGAGUAG